CUGCUAAGUUAUCAUGAGCUGACAUUACUUCCAUUUCUCUGAUCUCUCUUUAUUUUUCUCUCCUUCAUCUUUCUCUCUUUUACUCUCCAACAAUUAAAACAGUUAUGGAAUAUUGGGUUAUAGGUGUGGGAAUAAUUGUGUUGUUAAUGAGUUGGUGGUGGAUUGUGAAGAAAGAGAGUAAUAUUAAAGUGAGAAAGGGAAUUAAAAUACCAAAAGGGAACGCAGGUUGGCCUUUAGUUGGAGAGACUCUUGAGUUCAUUGCUUCUGGCUAUUCUUCUCACCCUGUCACCUUCUUUGAAAACCGCAAGUCUAUUUAUGGGAAUGUGUUUAAGUCAAAUAUUCUAGGAAGCAAUAUAAUAGUGUCAACAGACUCAGAGGUGAACAAGGUAAUUCUGCAGAAUCAAGGGAACACAUUUGUCCCUGCUUAUCCAAAAUCAAUCAGAGAACUAAUGGGAGAACACUCUAUACUUGAAUUGAAUGGAAACAUGCAUAAGAAAUUACAUUCCCUCAUUUUAGUGUUUCUUAAAUCCCCACAAUUUAAAGCUCAAAUCACCAGAGAUAUUGAACAAACUGUCAAACAAUGCUUAGCAUCUUGGACUCACAAAACAAUUUAUGUUCAAGAUGAAGUCAAAAAGAUCACAUUUACUAUUUUGAUUAAAGUUUUGAUGAGUGUUGGCCCUGGUGAAGAUCUGGAGUUGUUGAGAACAGAUUUUGGAGAAUUCAUCAAAGGCUUGAUAUGUUUGCCCAUCAGGUUUCCAGGAACAAGGCUAUACAAAUCCUUGAAGGCAAAGGAAAGGAUGAUGAAGAUAGUGAGGAGGAUAGUGGAUCAGAGAAAGAAACUAAUGAUGAAUAAUAAUGCAGAAGAUCAGUGUAUACUAGAUGCACUCUUAAGGGAUAAUAAGGGUGAGUUAUCUAGCUCAAACCCAAGCUCAAGCCUGGCAUUGGAAAGGAUUUGCCAAAACAUCAUAGUGAUGAUGAUUCCAGGGGAAGAGACCCUUGCUACGGCCAUGACCUUGGCCCUCAAAUUCCUCUCUGACACCCCUCUUGUUCUAACCAAACUUAUGGAGGAGCACAUGGAAUUGAAGAAGCUGAAGGCAGCUGGUUGCUCAAAUGAUUAUACAUGGACUGACUACAUGGCACUGCCAUUUACUCAAAAUGUCAUCAGUGAAACUCUUAGAAUGGCCCAUGUAGUCAAUGGCAUUUGGAGAAAAGCACUCAAAGAUGUAGAAAUUAAAGGGUACCUAAUUCCAAAGGGCUGGUGUGUUAUGGCAUCUCUUACUUCUGUUCACUUGGACGCAAACAACUAUGAAAACCCUUUCAAGUUUGAUCCAUGGAGAUGGGAGAAAAUUGAAGCUGUGACUAGUAACAACUGUUUUACUCCAUUUGGUGGUGGACAAAGAUUAUGCCCUGGGUUAGACCUUUCUAGGGUAGAGCUCUCUAUUUUCCUUCACCAUCUUGUUACUACACACAGAUGGGUCGCUGAGAGGGAUGAAAUAAUAUACUUUCCAAUAGUUAAGAUGAAGAAAAAGCUCCCAAUUAGAGUGCAACCCAUUAACGCUUGAUUGGAUUAGACCAUCAAGGGAAAUGUUGUAUUGUAUAUAGAGGGGAAAUGUAUUUAUUUCAACCUAGAGGGGUAACUACAUGUAAACAAAACAAUAAGAUUACCUUCCCAGAAAAUAGUGAUGUGUACUAUAUAUUGUGUUAGAUCUUGCGUAACAUCAAUAUUCAGAGAAUAAAGGUGCUUAUAUCUCUGUCUUUGAAAACCAAUUGCUAGUAGUAGAUAUGAUUAAUACUAACUCUCAAAGAUCCUAU